CCUUCCGCAUGCCCCCAACCUCUCAUAACAUAACAAAAACAACAUUAAACUAACCAACCUUAACUUCUUAUCUUGUCACCACCGCCUUCUCUGUCAUGCGGUGACAGGUUUAGUAUCCUUCGUAUAUUUUACUUACCUAUUCAUGAAUCGCAUACCGCAGGCCCGUAAUUACUAACUGCGACGGAAUCAUGCCGCGACCUAAGAGAACUCGCGUCGCGUCCACUCGCACGGUCGCAAAAACGACAAGUCCAGAACCUGUGCCAGCAUCCAGACAACCCGUUGAACCAAGUUCUGAUAUUUACGAUGUGAGCGAUCGUGAGAAGGGAAAAGCAAAGCAAAGACAGGAAUCAAUGCGCGAUAAAAAAUCAACCACGCACGCGCAAACAUCUACUAUGCAACAAUCCAAGGCAUUGGAAGCUGCCCGACAGCGACGCGAUUCCGCCUUGGAUCGACUGGAAACCAUGACCUCCACGUCUAGCAACGAAGUAAUCGAGUCUAUCGAACCAUCAGAGGCCUCUGUUGAGCUUGGGCGCAAAGUCGCCGGAACCCCGCAACAUAGGAGGAUGGCAGAUAUGUCAGGACUGGAUCUGGAUGAUGACGAGUUUGAUGACCUGAAUACCACCUUCGACACCGCUGGCCCAGCAAGCGCCCAGCGAUCAGCCGAGACGUCUACAAUGACCGCUAGCGUAUUCAACCGACGGCCCCGCGCUGGAAGCUUUCUAAGCAAGGAGGAAGGCUACAUUCGACCAAGUAGCCGAACAGGUCCCAACACCCCUGCCUAUAGCUCGACUUUCAACAUCGGCUUAUUCAAGAGACGAGCACGAGAACCUAGCAUCCUUGGUACGGCACAAAAGCCACCCCCUCAAAGAAUCGAGCCAGAUCCUGAAUUUGAGUCGGACUCAGAAUCAGAGCGUGAUGAAGAGCCAGCAGGGGAUAAUGCAUUUGCGCCUGAGGACGAAUCAACUCCUCUCAAGCGCUCCAAGAGACGUUCCGGAGAUACUGAGAUCGAUGCUGGCCAGACGUCAACGCAUUCGCCGCGCGUAAAUCCGCGCAAGCGAAAGUCUACCGAGGGCCAUGAACGCCGUGCCCGAUCCUCGCCAUUUGAGGAGAAUGAGCCUGCAGGGAACGCAGUAGUACAGCAAUCAGAAUCAGAUCUCUCCUCUCCGCCAUCUACCCCACCCGUCCGACAAUAUAGCAGCAGGCCGGUUACACCGAUCAUGGACGAAGAACUUAUGGCUCCUCCUUUAAGCAGCGGUUCCUCAGCCGGCGAUUCAGAAAUCUGGCCUCCUCUCCAAACUUUGGCAAGAAACCGAUCAAAACGCCCCGUCUCGGCGCUCCGAAGAACUCCCGUUCCCAACGAUGGUGGCUCCGAUAUUUCAUCACCGCCGUCCCUCACUUAUUCCCCUAACUACCGCGAACCGUCUCCGCCGCUGCGACAAGCUGCCAAGACCAAGCGCAAAGCCGCAGUUUCUAAACCAGAGCCCAAGAUCACAACUGCAGAUCUAGCGGGACUCCUACCACGCAGACGCCGUCGGAACGCUAGAACCGAGGAUGACGACUCGGAGGCCGAGGUGGAUAUCUCUGGCUUAGGGAACGACGAUGACGAGCUCUCGUAUAUGGACGUGCGUGCGCGACGACGCCCAGCUUCUCGCGCGGGUAAUUCCAGACCCCAGAACGCUGCAAAGGGGCGUCCCGCAUCGCGUGGGAAGGGCAAGCAGACUCCUGCCAGUGCCAACAGGCGUACUACGAUAACAUACGGCCGCACCUCCGACAAGGAGAACCAGGGCUCCGAAGAGGACGGCGAAGACGCGGAAGAUGACAACGACAGUCUGGGGCCCGUGGGCGACGAGGAAAGCAGCCAGGCUAUGGUCCAGCGUGUGGGCGAGGAGUUGAAGAACGCGGCGAGAAAGUUUCAGGAGGUGGACAAGUGGCAGCUGGACUACGAGGAGAUGACGCAGAGUAGUUCUCCGCGGGAUGCGCGCUGAGUCUAAGGGGAGGCGAGAAUUCGCUAUUGAAGGGGUUCCGACUUGGGAGGAAGAAAAUGACUGUAAUAGGGGAAGGGGGGAGGGAGAGUGGUUGCUUACUCAUGAAUGAUGCUUUGAAUGGACACUGUUGAGUUCGCUGGCGUUUUGUACAUGGCUGUGCUUCGUGCCUUGAAAAUACCAAAUGAGUUAGGUACUAGGCACUGGGCAACGGGGUCGCAAACACAUUGGAUGGAGAUGGAAAGUUCAUUAGCUCGCUUAAUACCAAAGCUGCCUAU